AACAGCACAGAUCAUGACCAAGAAGCUGCUGGAAGACAUCUUACUGAGUGUGGUUUUCCUGUUAAGAUUGGAUCAGACAACAGACCAGGAUUCAUCUCUAAGGUGUGGCCUAAGCUGAGGGCCCUCUAUGAGAUUGGGCCACCCCCCGGACCCCCAUCAAUAUCGGCCAGGUGUACGUCUGGAGACACCAACAUCAGACACUUCAUCCCAGGUGGAAGAGACCCUACAUUGUGCUCCUGACCACUUCCACAUCUCUCAAGGUCGACGGGAUUACUCCCUGGGUCCACUACACCCACGUCCGGCCAGCUGACCCACACACUGUUCUCAAAGACUUUGUCCCAGAAUGGAAAAGCCAACCAAACAAGGACAAUCCCCUGAAGCUAAAACUGCGGUGGUGGUAAUAAUACUCUUAACCUUGUUUACCCAAUGUCUUUCCAACCCCCAUUUGCCACAAAAUCUGACAUGGAUAAUUUAUAACGCAGCCACUGGAGACGCUUUGAGUACCACCACCGGCUCUCAUCCACCCGGGACAUGGUUUCCCUCUUUAACUUUUGACUUGGCUAAACUCCUUCACCUAACCUGGGAUGAAACCUUCAUUAGUAAACAUCAUUUCUAUGUCUGCCCGGGGCACACCAAAGAAAAAGCACAACAAUGUGGAGGCACCAGCAGUUAUUACUGCUCUUCAUGGAGCUGUGUCUCCACUGGCCACAUCUGGUGGAACCCUCCUAUAAAAAAGAACCUUAUAUCUGUCAGCCGAACUGGUACUAUGGGCCAGUGCAGUAAAUCUAUUAAAUCUAUAGAGGGCACUUGCAAUCCAGUAAGCAUUACUUUUACUCCUGAAGGACAGGCAGAGACGAGAUGGAGUACUGGACUCUGGUUGGGGAGUAAGACUUUAUGAAAAAAACCAGAGUUUUCCCCAGAGACCCAGGUGCUAUAUUCAGAAUCAAACUCCUCCAGCAACCCUUAACUAACCCAGUUGCCUUAGGCCCAAGCCCUGUGCUAGCACCUUCUCUGCCCAAACCUCAGACAACUCCUACCUCCCCAAUGCCCUCCUCUGUACCUACCGUGCCGUCUGCAUCCAAUAACAUCCCUGAUACAGACACAGUCACUCCCGCCCCGACCUAAACCAGCCUGGACCCAUGAUUGGGUCCUUACUUAGGUACAUCUGAGAGGGGGGAAUGUGGAGGUCGAGAAAAUUAAGGACAUCCCACCUCAAGUUUAACCUUAGGAAGAGUACAGCCAUCUUAGCUUCAGCAGCCAUCUCAGGCCCCAGUGAUCAGGGGCUGACUUUAGUUCCAGGAAAAACCGCUAUACCCAUUCCUGCAACACCCCAGCAACAGCUAAUCAGCUUACUGCAGGAAAGUCUGAAAUUUCCCCUCUUCCCCCCCAAAGCCUCUUGUAAUGACACAUAAAUACCCCUAUCUUAACUAGACUCGGGGUCCAAGUCCCUACUCCGCUGUGUUGGGUAUACUUGGGCCCAAGCAUAAGCUUGUCAAAUAAGCCCUCGUGUGAUUGCUUCGGUGUUGGCUCCUUGGUGGUCUCUUGGACACGAAAACUUGGGCAUCACACUUGGUUGCCUUGUUAGUACAGAAGAAGCAAUGUUUAUCUCUUCCUUGGGUAUAGGAAAAAUCCUUCUUUAGUUAACUCUUGAGCUUUUAGCUGAAGCAUUUGGCAGAAUCAUAGUCAUGCUGGCUCUCCAUCCAGAGAAUAUUCCCAAGAACGUAUGCUCUGACCAGGCCUGACUCUGCUAAAGGAGGUUUUUGAAGCUACUCAUGCAAUGUGCAGUGAUGCUGGCUGCACAUGCUAAGGUUCCAGAAGGCUCUGGCCUGGGAUGACCAGACCAGAUCUAUGUCAAGUCACAGUAAUCCUGCAAAAGCAGAUGAGAGGGAAUAUGUGUCUGUGAAAGUGCCGGCUGACAACCAACCUGAUAUUCUAGAAGUGGGAAGUUUUAUUUGGUAUAUGUCCUUAUGUGUCCACUCAAGUGUGAGUUUGCUUCAGGUGUUUUGGUAGUUGUACCUCCUGAAGGUACUCAGUCGUUCAAUGGCCUGUAGGUGAGAUCUAGUCCCUGACAUUCCCAAAGCCAGGCAAAUAUCAGAGAGCCAGAGGUGCAGAGAUAGAGCAUACCCAUUUCCUCUCAGGGGGUUGGCUGAUCAGGUACCCUAUUUGAUGCCAAAAAUGGAAGCAAAACUGGAUGUUCUUCUGAUGAAGAAUUCUUUACAUUCUACCUGGGCCCAUCACAUUCAUCACUUCAGCAGGUGAAGGGAUAUAUAAAUGGUGGUACGUCCAUACAAUGGAGUAUUAGUUAAUAGUUGAAACAAAUGAGCUCCCAAGCCAUAAGGACUGAAGGAACAUUAAAUGCAUAUUGCUACAUGAAAGACAUACUUAAAAAGACUACAUAUUAUAUAAUUCCAAGUAUAUUACAUUCUGGAGAAGGCCAAAUUAUAGAAAUAAUAAACAGAUCGUUCCUUGCCGAUGGUUUUGGGUGAAUGGUACAGGUGGAACUCAGGAUACUUUUAGGACAGUGAGACUCUUCUUAUGAUGCAAUAAUGGUAGAUACCUAAUAUUAUGUAUAAUACAAAGAAUGAACUAUACUGUAAACUCUGGGCUUUAAUUAGGAAUAACAAAUCAAUACUGGUUCAUCAGUUGUGACUAAUAUACCAUACAAAUGCAAGAUGUUAGUGUAACAGCAUAGCAGCUGGCCUUAAAGGCUGACUUGCUUCAGGUUAACACUCCUUACUUGCUGACCUAAGUCCCUUGAUCUGCAACAGACUAAUUUACUUUCUUUGAGGUUUACAGACUAUUGACCUUGAGGAGUGAAGGACCAGACCUUUCCCAGGCCACAGAAGUUAGCAAGUCUGUUUGAAACAGUCUUGGCUCUCAGAUUAGCCCAGCAAUUUUUUUACAAAAUGUUUUUCUUUCUUUCUUUCUUUUUGGUCACGCAAGUGAUUUUACUGACUUCCCUUUGUAUAUCUGUAGGUGUUGCCUUCCUUUGCAGAAAGAACAGAAUACUCCUGCACAUCCACACACAUACACAAUUCCUCCGCACUAAGAUAACCUUUGUAGCUGGUAUCAUGGAAUCUGCACAUAAUCAAGAAUCCUUGCAGGCCACUGCACUCCCUUUGCUGAUUAACUAUCCUACAUUGUACCCCACACCCCUUAAGAAACCCCUAAGGCAGAAUCCUUGGAGUUGUCUUUUGAACAUGAGUCCGCCUUCUCAGGUUGCCAGCCUCCUGACUAAAGCUCACAUUCCUUUCCAGUCAAACAUUUGUCUCUUGAAUAAUGGCCUUUUGAGGGACUGGUAACGGAACUUGUGUUCAGUAAUCUUAGUAACAGGGAAACUGUAGGAGGGGUGAGGGGGUAGAGGAGGCAAGUAGAGUAGAGCUUUGGACUUCAUGUGCAUUUUUUCUAUAAGCCUACAAGUGUUCUAAAAAUAAAGUUUAUUGAGUGAAACAACAACAACAACAACAAACCUCUUGCAGUAAGGGAGCUAACUACUGCAAUCGGGGAGGGUGACUAUAGCCACAGGGAAACAGCUCCCAUCUUAAGAUCUGCAAAUGUCUGAAAGAUUAGUCACAGAAGUGCGUGUGAGUGUGUGUGUGUGUGUGUGUGUGUGUGUGUGUGUGUGUAUUUACAAAUAGGAAAGAGCUCACAGAGUAGGCAGUUAGAUAGGAGCCAGUGAUAAAUAGGUGACAUGUUAGAAGCCUGAGGGUACAACAUCCUGACUCCAGUGGCUUUAACAAGCUGCCCUUAGGGCUUCCAACACUCCAGGGCUUACAGACCCACAGCCACAGGUGCAGACCAUGCCUCUUCUCUUUAAUCUCUGCCCCAGGGUAAUCUAUAGCUUCAUUACAGUAUAUUUACACCUUGGUUUCAAGGACGCCCCCACUCCAUAGGGGAAGGUGGCCAGGAAAGUUGCAACAAGAACCUUGUAGGGCCAAAACUUCCCCUCCCAAGUGGUAGGAGGAGUCCCUUAAUUAGAAACAGCCUCUGUUAGAGAGGGUCCUAAACAAUGUGGUUUGGGAAUAUAGUGAUGUCUAGUGGGGUGAGGUCUGGGGCUGACAAUCAAGAAAGAAUUCUUGACACGCCUUUGGUACAAAAGCACAUUUGGUAUUAAAGCACAGGGACAGGACCCAUGGGCAGGCAGAAAGAGCUGCUGCCCCGUGGUUCUGAGGGGUGGUUGAUUAUACACUUGGGAGUUGGAGGAGCCUAGGUUCCAGCUCCCUUGGAAGAAAGCAGCUUUUGUGAAGUAGGAAGGAGGAAGCUCCAGGAACAGGAAUCUCACCUUGAAGGUCACUCCUCUGACCUCAGACUUCUCAACCACAGCUUUAGAGCAGAGGCAGGAAACUGCUAGAAAGGAGCAGGUCCCAGGUUUGCAUAGUCUGCAGUAGCAGUUCUUUAUUCUGCUCAGAAUGAGCAUUGCCUCACUAUCAUCACAUCCAGAGGGCCUCACUAUGAUGGUGAAAGGUCUGGACCAAGCUUCAGAAAAGAUAGCUGUACAUUCAACCUUCUCUGUACAUUCCCCAAAAGAACAGAAAAAGAAUAAAUCCCAGAGAAAGAGAGAGCGCACAAGCAGGGGGAACAACAGGCAGAGGGGAAAGCAGGCUCCCCACCGAGCAGGGAGCCCGAAGUGGGACGUGAUCCCAGAACCCUGGGAUCAUGACCUGAGCCAAAGGCAGACACUGAACCGACUGAGCCACCCAGGCAUCCCUGGAUCAAUUUCAUUUGAGGAUGUGACUGUAAACUUUACGCAGGAGGAAUGGGGUCAACUGGACCUCGAUCAGAGGACCUUGUACAGGGAUGUGAUGCUGGAGAACUAUAACAUCUUUCUCUCGCUAGAAGAAUUGAAAGUUGAUGGCAUAAUAGAGAGCAAAGAAAACCAAGACAAACAUUUAUGGCAACAUGCAUUUAUCAAUAACAAAAAAGUGACUACAGAGAAAGAGAAUGUGUUAAGGAAAACACUUAAUCUGUGCAUAGACUCUAUUCCUUCCAUAAAAUUGCCAUGUAAAUAUAAUCUGGAUGGAAUUGGUUCAGAAAAUAUGUCAGAGUUAACCAUUAAUAAAAGCUAUUCGGGAAAGAAAUCUGAUGAUGGCAAUGGUUACAAGAAAUUGCUUCCUGAUAUUAAUCAUGAAAAAACUCAUACUAGAGAAAAGUUUGAUGAAUUUGAUAAAAAUGAGAGCAUCUUCUAUCAUAAUGAGAAUUUUAUUCAGCAACAAAAGAUUCACACUGUGGAACAACUGCCUGAAUAUAAUGAUUGCAUUAAAACCUCCCACAGUAAUGCUCUCUUGAUUACACAUAAGAAAAUUCACACAGGAGAGAAAUUAUGUGAUUAUAAUAAACGUCAGAAAACUUUCAGGAGUGAGUCAAACCACAUGCUACGUCAGAUAACUUACUCAAGGAAGAGUCACUAUAAAUUCAGUGAAUGUGGGGAAAGCUGUGAAAAGUCAGUCCUUUGGAAGAAACAUCCUAGAAUUCACAUGGGUGAAGAAUGUGAGAAAUACCACGAGUGUGAUGUAUGUGGGAAAACCUUCCUCCGGAAGUCAAACCUCACAAUACAUCACAGAAUACACACAGGAGAAAAACCAUAUAAAUGUAAUGAAUGUGGGAAAUCCUUUUACCAGAAGUCAACCCUCACUGUACAUCAAAGAACUCAUACAGGAGAGAGACCCUAUGAAUGUGCUAAAUGUGGGAAAAAAUUCUACCAGAACUCAGCCCUCCAUCAGCAUCAAAGAACACACACAGGGGAGAAGCCUUACAAAUGUAGUGAAUGUGGAAAAUCUUUCUCCCAAAAGUCAGACCUGACUGUGCAUCAAAGCUCUCACACAGGAGAAAAACCUUAUAAAUGUAAUAAAUGUGACAAGUCCUUUAGUAUAAAGUCAAAACUCACUGUACACCAGAGAAUACACUCAGGGGAGAAGCCCUAUGAAUGUAGCAACUGUGGGAAGAUGUAUCAUAUGAAGUCAACCCUCAUUAAGCAUCAAAGACUUCACACAGGGCAGAAGAUAUACGAAUGCAGUGAAUGUAGGAAGACCUUCUGUGGGAAGUCGGUCCUCCUCAAACAUCAGAGAAUUCAUACAGGGGAGAAACCUUACGAAUGUGUAGAAUGUAGGAAGACCUUUUCGGAGAAGUCAACCCUCAGUAAACAUCAGAGGAUUCAUACUGGAGAGAAACCGUUUGAAUGUAACAAAUGCGGCAAGUCUUUCUGCCAAAAGUCACAGCUCAUUGAACAUCAGAGAAUUCAUACAGGGGAGAAGCCCUUUGAAUGUAAAGAAUGUAGGAGAACAUUUUGCCAGAGGGCAUCCCUCAAUGUACAUCAGAGAACACACACAGGAGAGAGGCCCUAUGAAUGUAACGAAUGUGGAAAAUCUUUUUAUGAUAGUUCGACCCUCACUAAACAUAAGAGGAUUCAUUCAGGGGAGAAACCCUAUGAAUGUAAUGAAUGUGGGAAGACCUUCAGCCACAAAGCAACUCUCACCACACAUCAGAGAAUACACAAAAGAAAAACACUGUAAAGAUGGAUGGUGAAGCCGUCUUGCUUUAACUCAGAGCUGUUGGCCUGACAGAAAGUAUAUCCAGGGAGGUAACCCUAUGGUUGUAAUGAAUGUUGGAAGUCCUACCAAAAGUCAGCCUUCAGUUUACAUUGUAGACCAUACAGGGGAUACCCGGCAGUGUUUUUACCAAACUGGGCAGAGAGCAAGUAGGAUGAUGUGCAUGAGAUCUGGCCAGUGGGCUGUGAGUGUAAUGAUGUAAUUCACUUCUGGUCUGACACUUAAUGGUCUCCAUGGCAAUUCUUUGUAUUCUAUGCUCUCUAUGGAGUAGGAUGUAGGGUGCUUUCUGUUGAGAGGUCAGCCCUCACUGUGUGUUGGUGAACUCACACAAGAGUAGAAAUCUCUGUCAACAUCUUGGUGUUUAGAAACCUAAUCCACAAAUGAAACUUAUUAUAACUGGAGAAAUCAGAGCUAAGAAAUCUUGAGAUUGCAACAAAUUUUAAAAAGCCUUUACCAAAAGGUAUUUUCUCAUUGAACCUCAGGUAAACUAAUAGACUGAAACCAUGUAAGCACAUGGUUUUCUGAAAGCUUACAGCAAAACAUAUUUUAUUGUAUUUCAGAGAAUUAUUAUUGAGGGAAACUGGAUUUAGAAAAUACAGAAAUUUUUUUCUUUAGAAAAGAUUUUUAAGUUGUAACAUGGGAGAUACAGAGGCCAGGUAUAUAUUUUUCAUGUUUAGCACUACUCUGAGUUUAAGAAAGCUGCUGUGAACAGUAAGCUCAUUGUACUUACCACCAUAAAAUGUGUUCAUUAACAAAGCAACCCCAUCCCUGAAAUGUUUACUUGGUGAACUGAAGUAGGUUUGAGUGUGCCAAAUCCAAGUUAGAUGUAACCUGGGAACUAUGUGUAUAGCAACAUGCCAUAUGUUGUUCUUUGCCUUUACUUCUAGUAAAGUAUGUGUUGGCAACCAUGAUAUGGUGCAAGGAUUGGCAAACUUUUUCUGUAGAAGGCCAUAUAGUAAAUACCUUAACCUUAAGGCUACAUGUGCUUUCUGUCACUUUUUUUUUUUUUUUUUUACAACCUAUUAAAAAUGUAAAAAAAUAUUCUUAGCUCAUGGGCCAUUGAAAAACAGACUUGGCCAGAUUUAGCUUAUGGACCAGAGUUUGUGGACUGUUUUAACAGUGGUUAAAAGCAUGGACUCUGAAAGUGUACUGGCUAGGCUCAGGUCCCACACAGCACAUUAGCUGUGUGGCCUGGGACAAAUCCUUUAACAUUUGUUUCUCAUUUCUUUUUUGCAAAAUGGUGACACUGCCAUUACACUACUAACAUGGAGUUCUAGUAAGGACUAGGGAAGUUGUUAAAUACAAAGUACUAAAACACUGCAUACAGUGCUGCAAGUGUUAGCUAUUAUAUGACUUGCAGCAGAUUUGUUGGAGCUUUGCAGACUUUUGAUUACCUACUCCGCUGUUCUUCACUCUAUGCCAGUAGAAGAUUCAGGAAAUGAAUCAUGAUUGGUCUGACCUAAUUUUUUUCCAGCUUAUUGAGGCAUAACUGACAAACAAAAUUGUAAAAUAUUUAAAAUGUAUAAUGUGAUGAUUUAAGACACCGUAAAAGGAUUCCCCCAUCAAGUUAAUUAACGCAAUUAUCACCUCACAAAUUUAUCAGCCACACCCCGCCUUUUUGGUGAGAACGUUUAUGUUCCACUCUCAGCAAAUUUCAGUUAUAUACUAUGCUGUUAUUAACUCUAGUUAACCAGUAAUACAUUAGAUCCUCAUGGUCUCACCUAAUUUUGAAAAACAUAUCCUGAUUAAUGAUUAAUUUACAAUAAGCGUCUGACCCAGCUCUGGCCAGUGAGAAGAAACUCUGAAGAAUAUUCAGUGAAGUAUGGGAAAGCAGGAUUCUCCAGAGGCUAACAAAUAUUUGAUUUUUUUUAAAAAAGCCCUUUGAUUAUCCUGGAUAUUUUUAUGUCUGGAUGUGAUAUCUGAUAGUAGUUUUUGAUCCUAAGGUAGUAUCUGAAGAUGGCAGAACACAAAGCUGGAAAGAGGUUGGGUCAGCAGUGUCUUUUGAGUAGGUGAAUCAACCAACCCUAGAGCUUCUUUAUAUGAGAAAAAUUUUUUCUAAUUAAAUUAGUUGAGUUGGGAUUUUCUGAAAAUGGUUUAACAAACUUACAUGUGUACUUUUUUGAAGAGUUAUUAAUUCAGAAAUACUAACAUUCAUUAGCCUCCAGAGAGGACAUGUUGUGAGAAACUGAUUCAGGGGUGGCUGUUUUUCAGUAAAUCUCCAUAUAGUGAGCCUAACCAUUAGAAAAACCCAUUUGUUAUUACAUUAUAUGAAAUGAGUGUCUAAUUCAUUGAGCUUUCUUUGCAUCUAUAUGAGAAAAGCACUUAGUAAAAAAUCAUUAUCUCAUGUAUACCUUAUAUUUAAAAUAUGUGAAAUAAACAUUAAGUUAAAUUGAA